UGUAAUUAGGGCUUUAAAAUAUACGGAUUAUAUUUUUAAUCAAAUAUAGGUCAUUAGGCCUAGCCAUACUUUCAGAUUUGCAUAUUGGCGGGAGAUGAAAAAGUUGCUGAGGUGACAGUUGAUGUACGAUGCGUAUAUAUGUUAAAAAAGGAAGUAGUCUUUGAAGCAGAUAAAAUUUGCAAUGGAGAGACAGAAUUGUAGUAGGCAGACCAUGUAUCACCUGAAGAGGAUUGGCCCUGCCCCCAACAGACCCAGGGUGGUCAAUGUAAUGGAUUUUUUUAAGGUGACAAAUCUGAUUGGAAGGAAUGCCCUGCAAGUGGAUUUUUAUAUUGACUCAAAUGAAAGGAUGCAGUCCCACAUGAUUUCUCGUUGCCAUGCUCGAGUGGUGCAACAACAAAACAAUGACCACAAGUUGUUUGAUGAUAGUUUAAAUGGCAUCUUUGUGAACCAUAUAAAGAUCAGAGGCUGUGUCAUUUUGUGCGAGGGCGAUCGAGUGACCUUUGGUCACCCAAUGGGCAGGGACAUUCCUUUUGGGACCUGGGAGCGGCAGGUCAACAAUCAUCAUCAAUUUAUUUUUGAAAAAUGCUGUUGUGAGCCAAAAUCCACAGUGAAAAAGAGUCCUAAAAGGGGAAAAUUUGUCAUUCCCAAGAAAACUUCCCCAAAAAACCUUGCUGCCAAGAGAGAGAGAAAUCAAACUAGGACAUUUACACAGGCGGAUAUUCAGGAUCUAAAGGAAAAGAGUAAAGCAUUGUUUCCAACAUGUUCCAAGGGAGACAGUUCAUCAACAGCUGGAAUCAGUAACUCAGAAACCUCUGAAACAACAGCACCUGGUGAUAAUGUUGAAGUUUCAACAAGUACAAGAAAUAAACAAUUAUCAGAAGGCCCGGCUGCUUCGAUUUCAGACACCCCGAAAGCAAAAGGAGACGUUGAAAUCUUAGAUACUCCUACUACUACAAGUGUUAAAAUCUCAGAAACUCUCAUAAGAAAGACAGAUGUUGAAAUCUCAGAAAAUCUAAUAGCCACACCUGAUGUUGAACCCUCAGAAGAUGUCAGAACCACUGCAGAUGCUGAUAUCUCAUUUAUUCCCAGAUCAGAUGCUGACAUCACAGAUAUUCCCAGAACAGAUGCUGAUAUCACAAACAUUCCAAGAUCAGAUGCUGAUAUCUCAGAUAUUCCAGGAUCAAAUGCUGACAUCUCAGACACUCCCAGAUCAAUUGAUGACAUCUCGGACAUUCCCAGAUCAGAUGCUGAAAUAUUGGAAAAUGCCAGAUCAGAAGCUGGUAUGUCAGACAUUCAUAGAACAGAUAGUGACAUCAUGGACACUCCCAGAACAAAAGCAGACAUCUUGGACACUCUCAGAUCAGAUGCUGACAUCUCGGAUAUUCCCAGAACAGAUGCUGAUAUCUUGGAUAAUCCCAAAACAAUUGUUGACAUCUUGAACUUUCAUAAAACAGAUACUGACAUCUCGCAUAUUCCCAGAACAGAUGCUGACCUUUCAAACACUCUCAGAACAGUUGAUGACACGUCGAACACUCCUAUAACUACAUGUACAACUGUUGAUGAAAUAUCCCAGGUUCCUGAUUAUACAGGGGAUGUUGAAGUGUCAGAUAAUCUUAGAACUACUAUAAAUAAUGAACUUCUAGACAUUCCAAGAAUUACAACAAGGGAGGAAAUCUGGGACAUUUCCAGACCAACAACAGAUGAUGUUAUCCCGGACAAUUUCAGGACUGCUACACAUGAAAACAUGAAUAGCACAAGUGCUGCGGAUACAUUUCUUAAUGUUUUGAAUGAUUCUUCUAUUACUGAUGUACAGGUUCAGCAGAAUGAAAUCCUGGGUGAUGAGAGGGAAUCAUUAGCUAACAACCAGUCAAACCCUCUCUGUGACUCUACUGACAUUGAUGUGUCUGAGUUAACAUCUGAGAAUAAUAGUGGACUUUUAGAGCAGGGAGUAGAUGUUGAUGAACAAGUUGUUACAGAUCAAGAGAAGCUAGCAGGAAAUUCCGACAGAUCACCCCUCUGUCCCACCCAUUCCAUGAGAAACGACGCUGUUAGUGAUGAUGAUUAUCAAAAGGAGUUUGAAUUCAAAAGACCAGAAGUUUUGGAUAGCUCGAAUAAAAUCACCACUGCAAGUUUGGUUGAAGAGGAGGAAAGUGAUUUAGAGGGAUCUAGAUUCAUUUUAUCAGACUCCAUAGAUUACACAUUCAGUGAGCAAGAGAUGGAGGAAGACGAUAUGAGUUUUGAAUCUGACAGUGACAGUGUAGAUCCCAGAGAAAGUAACAGCACGGAAACCUGUAGUACUUUAACUGUUAAAGAAAAGACCUCAACAGAAUGUGACAACAAGAACGUGAGUUCUGAAUCAGACAGAGACAAUGACAUGAUAGAUCUGGGAGAAAGUGACACAGGGGAAGGAAGAGGUGGAGAAGUGAUGACUUCUAUAACAGGUGAAGGGAAUGAGGUCCAGACAUCGGAGAUCUUAUGCAGUGGUGAAUUAUUGAUUUGUCCAAAUGCUGCACACACUAACUGCCCUGACCAAGGAGAAAUUUCACAAACAGCACAGGUCUCUGAGGAUGGCAAGUCUCUUUAUAUAAACAAAGCAGAGGAAUCCCAUGUGCUAAUUGGUCAAAGCAAACCUAAGGAAGAAGUUGUUUCAAGGAUUUCACCAAAGAAAGUGAUUAGAUCAAGCUUCAGGUUGACCGAUUCUGUGGAAUAUACCAUGGAAGAGAGUCUGGCAGAAUUGGAGAGUAGAAAUGAAGUAAAUCAAGAGGAUACAAUGCAAAAGAUGGAAGAAACUGAUGUUAAGGAUGAAGAAGAUGACUUGGGUGUUGAUUUAAAAUUGAUGGAAAACGUUAAAAUGAUUGAAGAUAAGGGAAUUGUGGAAAAUGUUAAUGAAGAAGAUGAACAAAUUGGGGAAGAUUUAGAUGUCUGUGAUGUUCUUGGUGAAGAUUUAGAUUUGAAGAAGUGUGAUCAGAGGGAGGAGUUGAAUGCCACAGGACCUAUCCCCAGAUUUGAAGAUACCAUGAAAGAUCCGGACCAUCAGAAUAUAUUGAUAGGAGAGGAUGCACACGCAAAUAGCCAAAAUAGAGCCAGUGAUGUUGACAAAGAAGGUGGGCCAAGACAUGAACAUUCUUUCAACUCAAAUGAUCAAGUGACAGAACAAUACCAGAGUGAUCUAAAAGAAGAGAAGACCAUGGUUGUACCACCAGAAUGUGUUCUCUGUGACAAGGAGACUGAAACAUUUGUAAAAGACAAUGCGAAGGAUUCCGAAAACAACAGAACAGAUGAAGAUUAUUCCUACGGAAACCAACAAGGAGGUUGUCCAUAUGCUUAUGAAAAUCAAAUAUCAGGAACACAAGAAAACAAGAAGUCAGUGAUAAUUAGUGAUACAUUGGAAAAUCCAAUAUCAGAAAGCAAGACAAUUGAAAGCAAAGAACCAGUAACGAAGACUGAUGAUUUGGAGACAGUAGUCUCACUAUCAAAACAUGAAGCUUUGGAGGAUAUGGAUUCAAUAUCAAAUACCAAAGUACAGAAAAUACAGAAUUCAUCAAUAAAUUAUGAGGCAUUGGGAAAAGAUUUGGCUAUGAAGAAUAGAGAGCCUAUAUUAGACAGUGAGGAGAAGGAACUUUUGCAGAAAUGUGAUGCAUUGGAAGAUGAGGAGCAAGCAUCGGGUAGUGUGGCCUCAGAAGAUAAUGUUGUAUUGAAUGUCACAAAGCCAACAUCAGAUUGUGAAGCAUUAAUAGAUAAUGUGACAACGAAGCCAGCAUCAGAAUCUGUACGGAAUAGGGAGGCAAUGGAAGGUGAGGCAUUGAAAGAUGAAGAGUCAAUAUCAGACAGCUGGAAGAUUGAACCUAUGCUGAAAUGUGAUGCAGUGGAAGAUAGGGAGCAAGCAUCAGGUAGCAAUGCAUUUGAAGACAAUGGUGUAUUAAAAACCACUAAGCCAAACAGUGAAGCACUUAUAGAUAAUAUGACAAUGACGCCAACAUCAGAUAGUGUGGAAUUGGUGAACCAGGUACCUGUACAGAGUAAAGAGGCAGUUGAAAGAAAGGCAUUUGAAGACAAAAAGCCAACAUUUGGCUGUGAGACAGUGGGGGAUGAAGAGCCAAUAUCAAAUAGAGAGGCACUUGAAGACAAGGAGCCAACAUCAGGCAGUAAGACAAUGCAAGAUGAAGAGCCAAUAUCAAUAGAUAGGACAGAGGAAGAUGAAGAGCCAGCAUCAAGUAGAGAGGCACUGGAAGACAAGGAGCCACCAUCAGGCAGUAAGACAAUUCAAGAUGAAGAGUCAGUAUCAAUAAAUAGGACAGAGGAAGAUGAGGAGCCAGUAUCAAGUAGAGAGACACUGGAAGACAAGGAGCCAACAUCAGGCAGUAAGACAAUGCAAGAUGAAGAGCCAAUAUCAAUAGAUAGGACGGAGGAAGAUGAAGAGCCGGUAUCAAGUAGAGGGGCACUGGAAGACAAGGAGCCAACAUCAGGCAGUAAGACAAUUCAAGAUGAAGAGCCAAUAUCAAUAAAUAGGACAGAGGAAGAUGAGGAGCCAGUAUCAAGUAGAGGGACACUGGAAGACAAGGUGCCAACAUCAGGCAGUAAGAUAAUGCAAGAUGAAGAGUCAGUAUCAAUAAAUAGGACAGAGGAAGAUGAGGAGCUGGUAUCAAGUAGAGGGGCACUUGAAGACAAGGAGCCAACACCAGGCAGUAAGACAAUGCAAAAUGAAGAGUCAGUAUCAAUAAAUAGGACAGAGGAAGAUGAGGAGCCAGUAUCAAAUAAUAAAGCAUUGGAAGUUGGGGAACCAAUGUUGAAUUGUGAAGCAAUGAAAAUUGAAGUACCGAUAUCAAAUAUUGACACAAUAGAAAACAUUGAGUUGCCACUAGAAAGUGUUACUUUGAAAGAUGAAGUGACAUUGAAGAUUCAAGAGCCAAUAUUGGAUAGUGGGGCUUUGGAGGCAGAAGAGUCCAUAUCAAUUAAUACCUUAUUGAAAGAAGAGAAACCAACAUCAAAUGAAACAUCAAAUGAUGAGGUGAUCGAAGAUGAGAAGCAAACAACUUAUACUAAGGCAUUGGAAAUCACUGAACCAACGUCAAAUAUUGAGGCAUUUGAGGAAAAUGAACAGAUUUGUAAUGAGGCAUUGGAAGUUAAGUCAAGGAAUGAAAAUUCUGAAGAUGAGAAGUCAAGAAACAACAAGGUGUCAUAUGAAGCAGAGCCGAUAUCAAAUGACAAGGGACUGGAGAAAGAGGAGUCCGAAUCAAAUAGUGAGGAAGUGCAGGAAUGGAACCCUGCAUCUAAUGUGGAAGAAUUUGAGAGAAAGAAUCCAGUAUCAGCUAGUGAUGCUGUGGAAAAUGAAACAUUGGUAAAUGAAAAGCUAUCAUCUAAGAGUGAGUCAUUAGAGAAUAAUGUUUCGUUGCCAAAAAGUGAUGCAUUGGAAGGUGAAAUGACAUUGGAGGAUGGGGAGCAAAUAUCAGGUAGCAUUGAAUUGCUGGAAAAUGACUUUUUUUCAAAUACUGAAGCACAAGAGCAAGCAAUAGAUAAACUUAACAGUGGUGACCAUGUUAUAGAGAAUGGGAAUGUAAGAUCAGAGAUAGGGGUUUUAAAAAAGAAUGAAUCGGAACUUGACCUUAGAACAGAAGCAUUGGAAUUUAAACCAAUCAAUGAGCAGCAAGCAUUGACAGAUUCAAACCAAAACUCGUAUGAUGAUAAAUUUGAAAGUGAACCUAUAUUGAACAGUGAGGUAAAUAAGGAUUCAGAAAUGAGCCCAGCAGAUCAGAAUGAUGAAGUGGCAGAUUUAACAAACAAAAAAAGUGAUCAGAAAUGUACAUUAGAAGAAUCUGACACGGUUUUGACUUUCUCUUCAUCAUCUAGUUUUACUCCCAGUGAUCUGAUAUGCACUUUUGAUGUUGAUGGAAAUGAUGUGCAAACAUCUCUGAAUGCUGGGUCUUGUGAUACAUCUACAGCUGACAAUGUCAGUUCUGCUGCUGAUGCCAUUCAAACAAACUCUGAAGAAAAGCCCCCUGAAGAACUAAAGAUUAACAAUAUGAAUGACUUCAAUGGUGGAAACGCAUCUGAGCAGGAUAAAUCAAGGUUUGAACAAACAUCUAUAGAACUUAUCAAAACAGGUUCUGAUACAAAGACCCAAGAAAAAGAUACCCUACAAGACUCAGCUCCUGUUUUAGACUGUCAAUUAAUUGAUCAACAUGAAGGUCCAAAUCACAUGGAGUCCUCUACUACAUCAAGUAACUCCAAUGAAAUGGAAGAUUGCCAUGCAGUUGAAAUCAAAAUUCAGUCCACUACUUUGCCCUUGGAAUACUUGAAUGGAAAAAAGAGAAAAAUAGAGGAAAUGACCUCCGCCGAAGAUUGUGAUCCCCCAAAGAAAAAGAAACUAUCAGAGAAAGAACUUGAACCUGUGAAGAAAAUUGUGUCAAAUUUCUUCAAAAUUCGAGAGUACUGUGAAAAACAAAAGGAUGUUAAUAAAAAUGAUUUAAGGAAACAUCUGUUGGGAAAUCUUGUGCGACAUUUCUUCAAAACGCAUCCAAUUAAAAAUGUAGAGGAGGAAAUCAAAUGUAGUGCUAAAUCAAUGGUAACUAAUUUGGAUCUGCAGGAAACUAGUCAUAAAAGCAGCACUGUUGUUUGUGAUCGAGACUCCAAUAACAAAGGUCAAAGCACGCUGUCUGAUACAGAGAUUCCAACUGACACUGUAGAUGGAAGCAAGUUCUCUUAUGAAGCCUCUGAAAAGGGCGAGUCUCAAGAGGACAUCAUGGAAGUGUUAAGUCUUUCACAGGAAUCCUCCUCGGCUCUCUCCAGUUCUCAGCCAGACAGCAUUCCUAUUUAUCAAGCAUCUGUAAAACCUGGCUGUGGAAUAGUAGUGAACAUGGGUCAAUGGAAGAAACCAGAGAAACGUGCAUUGGAAGAGACUAGCAAGGACACUGCAGUCUGCGAUGUAGAGACCCAGGCGAACAGUCUGGACAUUGAUGUGGAGACCUCUGUUCUAUGGAGUCAAGAUCAUUUGAUGGAUGACCGACCUCUGGAAGAAAGAUGUGAAGAUUCGGAUCAGACAUGUUUGGAUGAAGAAAGUGUUAACCUUGAAGAGCUGGAUAAAGAAAGCAUAAACAGCAAAGUUAGAGAAAGAUCAUCUUCUAAUGAGUCUGAUACAAGUCAAAGAAGUGAAUUACUUCUGGAGAAAGUGAUUUUUCCUGUUGUAGACAUGGAUGAUGAGGAGAGUAGUAGUACAAUUCAAGAAAGAAAAAGUUUCUCUGGUGAAGAAAAUCAGGAGGGAGAGGACAAACAACCUGUAGAAGAUGUGAUGAAUCAAGAGAGUGGUAAUAUAGGUUCACCACAUAGUCUGCAUUCUACUGCUAGUAUUGAUUACACAGAGGAGUAUCUAGGAAUUGUUGAUUCAUCCAAUGACAUACAACACUCAUGUACAGACAAGCAAAGUGACAGUGACUCAACUCUGCUGCAAAGUGGGCAGGAUUCAGCUGUGGAAGAUACUGAGGACCAAAUACAGAAGGAUCUCUCAGAAGACAUGACUGAGUCAAAUAUAAAUAUGUCUGCAAAUCCUGGAGAAAGCUCAGAAAAUGUGGGAUCUCAGAGCAGUGAAUUAGACUCUGAGGGUGUGGAGAUCCUCAGCACUAAGUCCACCAGUGAGAGUGAGCUAGAAGUACUAUAUGGCCCAACCUUCAUCACACCCUGUCGUGCAAAAGGCUCUCUGAAAGCUGAACAUGUAAUCAAGUCGGAGUCGCCCAGGAAAAGGGAAUCUUCUAUAUUAAAAGAGGAAAAGGAAGGCGCAAAGUCAGAAAAUUGUCCCUCAGAUUCAAAAACAAAUUUAGACCAAAGCAGCUUAUCAGAGACAGAAAAAUCAGAACCUGAAACUGCUGUAGGCUGUUCUCCUGAAGAGGACAAAGAUUUGACUGACGAUGCCUCCACAACAUUGGUCAAUACACCAAGUGACACUAUUAAUGGAAGAUCAAACACCAAGAAAUACUUCAAAAGUCGUCUUCCUAAAUUUGAGAGUGACAGUGAUAUAGAAAUAGUGGAAACAAAACCCAGUUUAACCCUAAAGUCUGCUGAUGAUUUCCAUAUUUCCUUGUCAGACUCUAGCAGUGAUGAUUUGCCUGAAGUGCUGUUUCUCAAAGAAGAGAAAGCUACUGCUCCACAGAGUGUUUUGUGCACUAAAGCUCUCGAUAUCAAAGAGGAACCGGUCACCCCAAGUAAGACCCCUGAUCUGUCUAAAGCUGUUUCCAGGUUAGACCUGACUCCAAGCAAACAGGGGGACAAUUCUAGUCCAAGAAAAGUGUGUAGGAAAAGACUGUCUCUUAGAAGGACGCCAGUAAAGAAGCAGAAAGAGAGUAAACCAUCUCCUUUAGCAAGACGUACAAGAACACCAAGAAAAUCACCAGACAAAAAGCAGAAGUCAAAGAGUAUGUUUAUUGAUAGCGAUAUUGAAAUAGUGUCUGGAUCAGAAAGUGAAGAGGAUUUCACACCCUCCAGGUUAAAGAGGAUAAAACAGGAGGCUGAAACAGACAGUUACUCUGACAGUGAGGGUAGAAAGGAUGGAAGAGGGGACAAGAUCAAGGAAGACCUGGAUGAAGAUAGAGGGAACAUCCCAAAGCAGAAAGAGAAGCAUGUGGAAGAUGACAGUAAUAAUAGAAAACAACAGCAACGAAAGGAGCCUGGUGACAGCACACAUCUUCCAGAUAAUCAAGGUGGGAACAGAGAAAACACCCUAGAACUGGAAGACAAGGAGGAAGUGAGUGGACCUUGUGAGGAAGAAGGUGGUAUCAAGAGGAUUUAUCCACUACUUGAGCAGUCAUCUGUAGAAAGCUCAGGUGCUGGAUCCUUAGCGGACAUCUUCCAGAUGGAGGAUAGUGAACACAUUCAGCCAGCAGGUGAAAGAGAGAACCAGGAGGAAAGAGAAGGGCAAGAUGUAUUCCCAGGAGGAGAAAACUCCAAACCAGCAGAAGAUUCAACAGAUGAAGGUGAACAGUUAUUGUACAAGGUCAACACUAUGUCCAAUAAAAUGAAAGAUUCUGAAAAGUCAGAGGGUGACUGGAAAGAUUCUGGUCAAGGUAAAAUUGACUCCAAGGAAAAAGGUGAUGUGGAUGUGGGGCCAGAAACAACAUCGGAUGAAAGUGAACCAUUGGAAGAUGAUCAGUGUGCUGAUGAUUGUGUGGCCAACACCUGCCCUGAGAAUAGUGAGGAUGAACACAACUAUGGAUUACCUCCUGUGUUAUCUCCAUACUGCUCACAAUCCUUGUCACCUUUGGUCCCAGACAUAACAUCAGAAAACUCUGAGCCAAAGACCAAUUUAGACAUAGCAAGUAAAACUGAUUCACUUAACAAAAGCUUACAGACACCAACGAAACCCAUUCUACAAAUGGAAUUUGAUAGCGACAGUGAGUUUUCUGCACCCGAGGUUAACCUUGAUGCACUAGAUUCUCCGGAGGUAAACGUCAGUGGUGCUGAUGGUCAUGUUGAGAUUGGAAAUCUUAAUGAAGAUUCUAAUGAAGUGUUUGAUGGUGAGAGUUUGGGUAAUGAGAAGAAUCAAAAUGUAGAGAAAACUAAAGAGGAUGAAGGUAAAGAAGACUUCGAAAUGGAGGAGGAUUUACCUGAUAUCAGUAGAAAGAGGAAAUCACAAAAUGAUUCUGUAGAUUUUGAAUCUAAAAGACAAAAAAAGUCAACAGGUAAGGAUAAUUCAAGUCAAAUAAAAGAUCUGCAAACAGAGACUAGGUCUUCAGAUCAGCAUUCCUCCCAGAAUGCAUCAGGAGCCAAGGAAAGUCCCUCCAUAUCCAGAGUGAGACAGUUAAUGCAGAAAUUGAGGGCUAAGAAAUCUACAAGUUUUGUGACAGACCAGAGUCCUGACCAAUUGAGUAGCUCAGGGAUGGCUUCCAGCAGGGAAACCCCUGGGGACACCCCAAGAACCAGUCACGUACAGCGCAGAUUGCUGCCCUCCCUCAACACACCGUAUCAGCGGACACUGGAUUACCUACAGAGAUGCAAAGAGAUUUUACAGACCCUAAAGACAGAUUUUUCUCAGUCCGAGAGUCUUGCAAGUAAUCCUAGAAUCACACAAUGGAAAAAGGAGAUGAGAGAGUUGGAGAACCGGAUGAGUCUGUCUAAGACAGUGAUAGCGGUGGUGGGGGACACAGGGUCAGGGAAGUCUUCCCUGAUGAAUGCGCUGUUGGAUCAGCUUGACAUCCUUCCUACGUCGGGAAUGAGGGCCUGCACCGCGGUAGUGGUGGAGGUGGUCACCAACUCGACCAACAAUAAAUACGAGGCCGACAUCACGUUCCUGUCCAGAGAGGAAUGGUACACGGAAUUAAAGCUGUUGUUGCGGGACCUGACUGAUGUCCAUGGGAACAUUAAGAAAGGUACACCAGAUCCAAAAUCAGAAGCUGGAGUGGCAUUCCUUAAAAUCAAGGCUGUGUAUGGGAAAGUGGACAGGUUUGAGGCUCUGUGUCGACAGACCACUGUCACCAGGUGGCUAGAUGAGGUUAAGACCAUCAGUCACUCAGAGCCAACACACUUUAGGAAUGCUAUAGAUAAGUACAUAGAAACAGCUGACCCAGGGGUGGGAAACCAGUAUUGGCCAAUCGUCAAGAAGGUGACUGUCCGACUCCCAAAUUGUGAUGCUUGCAGUAGUGGGGCAGUACUUGUAGACCUACCAGGGGUCAGAGACUCGAAUGCUGCCCGAGACAAAAUAGCUCGAGAUCAUUUAAAGAACUGUACAGCUGUGUGGGUGGUAUCCUCCAUCCACCGAGCCAUCGAUGACAAGACCGCCAAGGAUCUCCUGGGGGAGAACUUCCGCAGACAGCUGUUGAUGGACGGCCAAUAUGGAAACAUCGCCUUUAUCUGCACCAAGACAGAUGUCAUCAAGAACUCUGAAAUUAUCAGGGGCUUGCAUCUGGAAGAGAAAGUGAAACCAAUUGAAGAUGAGAUAAAUCGUCUUGAGAUGGAGAAAAACGAUCUUGAGAUCAGCAAACGAUCCAACAAGAUGUGUAUAAAACAGAUUGAGAAGGAAUCUGCAGAGCUAAGGCAGAACAUAGAAGAAAUGGAGGAAUGUUUGUUGACAGAUGGAGGGUGUGGGGAGUCGGAGGAGAUUAAAGAAAUGAAGGCAUUACUGAAAGAGAAGCAAGAAUCCCUCCAAAAGAACAACGAAAACCUGCAGACAUAUAGGCAGGCUGUGGAUGAAAAUGAGAGGAAGAGUCUUCAACAUGGGAUGACCAUCACUCAGAGGAGGAAGGAGCUGUCCAGCUUGUGUGCCAAAGCCAGGAACGACUACUCCAGGAAGGAAAUAAAGAGGGACUUCAAGGCCGGACUACGGGAAAUGAAAAGAAAAGCAGGGAAUGUGUCCAACAUAGAGGAAUUAGAGGAUGAUGAUUUAUAUAACAGUGAUGAAGAUGAUGAAGAUAUUGGGAACUCUGCAGAAAAUCUGAAGGUUUUCUGUGUCAGUGCCACUGAGUACCAGAAGAUGAGGAACAUUAUUCUGGAUGAUGGACCACCAACAGUGUUUGGUACAGAACAAGAGACACAAAUUCCAGCAUUACGUUCUUACAUCCAUCAAAUGACGGAGGUUCGACAUCGAAGCAGUAUGGAGCGAAUUCUUCAGACAGUAGCACAGUUUGUGUUUGAUAUUCAGAAUUAUCUCACAGAGGCUGAAACUGUACAGACUAAAGGAGAGCGAUUAAAAUCUCGCAGCGCUAUUGAAGAGAGGACCUUCACUCUAAAGCAGAAAUUCGAAUCCGUCAUAGCACAGCUGCAGGCGGACAUUGAGGGAGCAAUAUCCAACCAAAUCAAGCCUAAACUAGGAGAGGGUAUCACCGCAGCUACAGCCAGAGCCAAUGAGCAGACAGCUAAAUGGAGUGCUCCGGUGGACAAAGAGAACAAACAGGCGGGGGGUCUACACUGGUGUACUUACCGCGCGACGGUCAGGAGACAGGGAGUCUACUCCUCCCCGACUUACGGUCAGGUCAACUUUAACGAGGACCUCACCGCUCCCAUGUACAACAGUAUCAGCAUCGUCUGGGAUAAAGUCUUCAGUGGAAUUCUGUGGGGUUACUUUGAGAGGUUUAAGGUGACAGUACUGAUGGUACUGAGACAGUUUGUGGCCAAUCUCUGUCAAGAGCUUCAAACCCAUGGGGUCCAAUCCAGUAGUACCCAGAGGGUGCAACUCUACCUCCUGGAUACAGCCAAUCAGAAAUUGACAGAGACAGUCGCUCAGCUGAAGGAAUAUGUGACAGAAAGACAGAGGGAUGCCAGCCGGGUAUUAACUCCUGUAAUACAGGAAAACUUGACCCGUGUGUAUGAUUAUUGCGCUGUGCAGUCAGGAGGUGGGACCUAUGCUCGAAUUAAACAAGCAAUGGCUGAAGGUGUUGAUAAAGGGAGACUCUAUAUGUUUGAUGAUGCCUCUCGCAGACUUUUGCAGGAGUUGGAGCAAAUCCAGACUGAUGUAGUGGCCAAAGUUAGAGAUACAUGCUCUUCUAUCUGCACAACAUUGAAGACUGCUUUUGAGCCCCUUUGGGAGGCCCCAGGGACAUUUCUACAUCUCAGAGAUAACCUUCUUCCAAGCAUUACUGAGAUUUCACUUAAAUUACAAAACAUAAUGGAGGAAGCAGGUGUCAGAGCUCCUGUUACUGCCAUGCCAACAGCACCCCCUGCUGCCAGAAGUGAUUCUGACCAACCAGCAGCACAGUCUUGUCAAUUUCAAAGGUUGCAGGACAUCCAGGGAAAUGAUUCCUCAGAGUUACCUCAGCACCCGUCACCUGAUUCAGAUGUAUUAACAUCAAUCAAGUCAGAACUGGGAGGUACAAGGCAACCUCUGGCUGCAUCAGCCAUCAAGAGAGAACCCCAAGCCUCAAGUUCAAAUAGUCCACCUGUGAGAUUUCCAUAUGUGAAGUCAGAGCCCACUUCCAACAUUAAAGUUUGUUGUUUCUGUGGAUACCCUGGGACAAAUCCUGUCCAGUGUGAGAGAUGCUUGGUGACCCGACAAACCUCCAAGGGAAUGGUCUACAGGAAGUGUAUCUUCUGUAGGCAGAUGGGGACCAGCACACAGGUCUGUGAGAAGUGCAGGAGAUGCCUCCUCUGUGGCAAUUAUGUUCUUCCACCAAACUCUGUCUGCCAGCGAUGCAAGACCAAUGCUCCAUCCACAUCUAUAGAUGGAUCAAACACCAACCCUUUAUCAGCAGUACUGAACUCGGUGGCAAGUGUUACACUAAAGAGGAUAGCUGAUGCAAUGCAUUUACCAAACCAUCCAGCAAAGGCUUGCAGGAGUUCUGAAACAGUACAGAAGAAAGGAAGUCCUCGUGUAGUACAGAAAAGAAGUUGUUACAAAGUUCAGCAAAUAGGAGAUUCAGUGAUAGGUCAGCAAAGAGGAAGUGUUCCCACAAUACAACAGGUGGAAAGUAUACCACCUUUAAGGAGAAAGCAUAAUGUUCAGCAAAGAAACCUUGGCCAGCAGCCACAGAGUCAAAUUAUAUAUGACAGACAGAGUGAUACAGCAAUAGGUCAGCAAAGAGGGAGACCCCAGACACCUCAACAGAAUAAAGUUUUAUUGAUAGGUCAACAAGGUGGAAGUAUCAAAAUAGUUCAUCAGAAUAGCAGUUCCUUAAAAGGUCAGCAACGAAGAAGUGAUCCCACAAUACAACAGAUGGGAAGUACCCCUCCCUUAGAGAGACAGUCUAAUAACAUUGACCAGCAGCCACAGAGUCAAAUAAUAUAUGACAGACGGAGUAGUACACCCAAAAGUCAAGACUGUAAUUUGUCAUCUAGAGGGAGAGAUAGAAUGGGGAGCCUCCAACCACCAUCCAGAGUGCCAAAAAACUUAGGAUAUAAGGACAUGUGCAAAGAAAAUUAAAGAAGAAAACAAUAAACACCUUAUACAAGAACAUUUUACUGAUGAUGACUAAUUUAGCUGUCUUUUGGAACAAAGGAACUGGCAUUUUCAUACGUAAUUUUAUACUCUGUAGAUGUAUACAAGCCAUACUUAAGUCAUCUCAUUCCACUCGAGUAAUAAGAUUGGAAAGUGGGUGAUUUAGUUGUGGUUCAUAUUAAAACAUUUAUUCCAACCUUUCAAUGCAUGAGCUUUCAUCAAUUUUGGAUAUGAAUAGAUAUCAGUACAUUUUAUGUUAAUUUUUGGAAUAGCAGUCACCUUCCAAUACAACAUAUUCUUGAAGUAAAUUAAAAAUUUGAAUCCGAUGAAAAAUCAAAGUUCUAUACUGCCACCCAAGUAGUGCUGCCUAUUGGAUGUGUUCUACAUGUUUUUUUUAUUAUUUUUUUUUUAUGUCCGAGAUGUGUGCCAUUGUCACUUUUAUAUUUUUGAAUUUCUUAUCAAUGACUUGAUGGACAUUAAGUGGUAUCAUAUUUCUGUGUCCAGUUACAUGUAUUUUUACUUUUACACUUUUUAUGUCCUGUCAUGUAGCAGUAUUUAACCAUGUUACAGAGUUUUUGUCAUUUCCUUCUUCUGUCCAUUUUCAACACUUUUUAUUUAGCACAGUGUUUUGCUAAGUUCAGUGCUUUUUUCUAAAACAUGAAAUAGAUGAUACAUUUUGGUAAAAGCAAUCCAAUUGUGCUCUCACAAUGUCCUUUCCUUUGAAUUUGACUGCAUUAUUUCUUCAUUUGCAAUUUUAGUUUAUAAUACACUUCUUAUGAAAAUUGUUUUUUGUUAAGGUGGUAUGGGACACUUCCAUGUUGUGACGUAUUACAUGUAUUUAUUGAAAUAAACAAUAGAAUUAAGUGUAAAGUUAUAAAUAGUUUCUUUCAGAAAAUGGAUAACUAGCAGCGUAGUGAAGUGGGUUUGAGGGUUCACUGAGGAUCUGUAAGUCAUGAGUUUGAAUCCCACUGGGGAUUUUAUAAUUUUUAUCUUUCCAAAAAUUUUUGAAACGUAUUUUUUGUUUAAAUAUUGUAAAAUUUAAAAAUUCUAAAUCAUUGAAAGUAUCUAAAUUAUACUGUACUUUAAUCAAAUUGAUAUCUACAGAUGUCCCAUACCACCUUUAACAAAAAUUUUUGAGUGAUAAGAAUGUCAGGACCUUUUUUAAUCAUGACCUUUGCUAUGACCCUGAUUUUGCUAUUGCUUCUAUUGGAUAUAGCUCAGCUUGCCAUGAUACUUUGUAUAUGUAUAAUUCACUGAACUAAGAUUGGUGUUUUGGGGUGCUAUUCAACUAGUUUGUUAUUUUAUUUUUUUUACCUGGACCUUCCCUAUGACAUUGGGUGAGAUAUGUCCCAUUGUGUUCUGAAAUUGACCCUCCAUUUGACAUUGAAUUGACUGCCACUUAGUUUGCAUUUCUCAUAGUUGCUGUUCAAGAUAGAUUUACUUUUCCUAAAUUAAUGAUACAAAUUAUAAAAAAGUGUUCAAUUUUUCAUGUUGCUAUAUAGAUACUUUUAUGUGGGAGAUUUUUGUCCUAGGGACAUGUUCACAGUUUUAACAUGUAGAUAAUUAUUUGCCUGAUUUAGUUGUAUUGAUUGUCAUUGGUGCGAUUCUGUGGGUAAAGUAGGACAAUGUUUGUCCUAUCAAUACAACUGCUUACAAUUUGAUAAAUGAACUUCAAUUCUAGAUGUCUGCAACACCUCUGAAAAUAAUGAACUUACAAUAUUGUUGUAAUUUAUUUGUUCAAAGUUGUUAUUAAAUUUCUUCUUUGAUGAUUUACAGAAUGCAUUAACAUCUGAUGUAAUCGUACCAUGUAUUUGUAUACUUUCUAGUAUAAAACACUUCUUGAAUUAAGUUCAAAGGAUUGUUAAUUGUUUAUUUGCCGAAGAUAAGUGCCCCACCUGUUGGAUAGUAUAGUAUAAUUUACAUUAGUAUAGUACUUGUAUCGUUUUCAUGUAUAUUUGGAUAGUGUGUAGUUUACAGUAGAUUUAUAGAAGCACGUUUAAACUAUAUGGUUGUCAUAAAAUAUCAAAGGAACCAGUGAUUAUUUUUGGUUUUCUAGUCAAUUGGAAUGUUUCUGUUGCUGUUCAUGUUUUUCAAAAUCUCUCUCUCUCUCUCUCUCUCUCUCUCUCUCUCUCUCUCUCUCCUUGUUACAACACAGUUACUAUGAUAUAUUGCUAAUAAAACAUACAGAAUUCUU